AGCCACCAGCGAGGGGACAGCCACCCCCAGCAGUGAGUGACAGUCACUCCACACGGCUGGGGACAUCAGGAUGGCCAGGAAGGUGGCACUGCUCCUGUGGGCCCAGACCCUCGGCCUCGCUGGUGCCCAGACCACCCAGCUCCUCGUGGAGCCCCCCUGGAGGCCGGCGGUGCUGUGGGACCAGGUGACACUGACCUGCCAGGGCUCGGGGACUGCCAGUGCCACCACCUGGUACAAGGACAUGUGGCGCUGGGGGCCGAAGGGACCUGAUCACUUCACUGUCACUGAGAGUGGCACCUACCAUUGUGACAGACCCGGGAGCGGGCUCAGCCCCCCCAUGACUGUCUCAGACGACGAUCUGGUGCUGCAGGUGCCGGUGCCGGCACUGCUGGAGGGGGACAUGGUGACACUGCGCUGCCGGGGCUGGUGGGACAAGUCAGUCACCUCAGUGUCCUUCUACCACGAUGAGAAGAAAGUGUGGGAGCUCCGAGAUGGGACCGAGCUGUCGCUGUCAAAUCUUCAGCUGCAGCACAGCGGCCGCUACCGCUGUGAGGGCUUGGUGCAAUCCUGGUUUUCAGUGAGGUCGUCAGUGUCGUCACCGGUGACAGUGACAGUGCAUGAGCUCUUCUCGGUGCCUGUGCUGGAAGGUCCCCCCGAGCUCACUGAGGGGUCCCCCCUGACUCUCAUCUGCCUCAGCACCCCCAGCCUCCUGCGGCCCCAAGCCCCCCUCCUGUAUGUGUUCUACCGGGACAGGCAGGUGGUGGGGGGCCCACAGUGGUCCCCGCAGCUGCUGGUGCCCACCGUGGGGAUCUCCCACUCGGGGAAUUACAGCUGCCAGGUGCGCUCCGAGGGGGUGGCCUUGCGGAAGAGCAGCUCCCAACUCCGCGUCACGGUGCACAUGCCCGUGGCCAAUGCCACCAUCACCCCUGGUCCCCUGUCACACCAGGUGCGUUCAGGUGACCCCGUGACCCUGCGCUGCUCAGUGCAGGUGGGCUCAGCCCCUGUCACCUUCACCUGGCUGCACAACGGGCAGGAGGUGGCCCGGGGUCCCCUCCUGGAGCUCAGGGACAUUGAUGUGGGACAUUCGGGCACCUACCAGUGUGUGGCCACCAACCAACUGGGACAAGACGGGCACCGCGUGUUCCGGGCACUCAGCCCUGAGCUGGCACUGACAGUGACAACUGGGUCGCCAUGGGUCACAGCAGUUGCUGUGAAUGUCGGCAGGACCCUCCUGUUCCUGCUCCUGCUCCUGGCUGUCAUCGGGGGCUGUCACUGGUGGCACCACCGGGGAGCCCCCCAGAGGAGGAGCCGGUGCUGGACCCUGGUGUCGUGGGCACCAAGCACGCAAGGGAUGAGUACAGGGAGUGACAGGGUCACGUCACCCAUGGGUGUUGCCUCCCACCUAGGUCCCCACAACCGGUGUCUCUCUCAGGGCCCCCACAGAUGUCCCCCAGCCCUGCCCCACCUGGGGAUCCACAAGUGACCAAUGCGGAGCUUCAGGGAACCUACGAAGGAGAAUAGGACCCCCGUGACUACAAUGAUGUGCUGUGACACUGGGGGCACUGGGGGCACCUCAAGUCCCCUAAAAUUUUGCUGGAUUGUGGGAUAAAGAUGCCCAAGAACAUCCAGGGUUGGACAACACUGCUGGGUUGAUGGAUACCCAAGAAAAUCCAGGGUUAGGCAAUAAGAUUUGAGAUUUUACAAUACCCAUGGGUGGAUAUUAAGAAGUGACUUGAAAGUAACAGGUACCUUGUUGUCUUGUUGUGAGUGAGAAUGAGUGCAAUAUUAAAGAAAUAGAAGUGAGUGAGUGGGAAUGAAUGUAAGUAUAUGUGAUAUGGAUUGCUGAUUUAAAGUUUAUUUUCUGGAGGAAGGUGGAUUGUAUUUUUCUGUUCUGUGAAGAGUGGGAGAUGUUUGAGCUGUCAGGGGAAGGGACUGGAGCAGGGAGUCAGAAGCCAGGGACGUGCGGGCGGGGCCUAGGGAAAUGAGAUGGGGAACAAGAGAAAGGGGCUGGGACACCCUGGAAAUGUUGCCUCUCCCUGUUUCCAGUUUCACUGCUCAUGCCAGGAGCUCCAGACUCCCUACCUGUCUCAGCUUCUCUGCCUGUGUCAGGAGUUUCAGCCCUCCCCACCUGUACUGACCGUGAUCACUCCCGUCCCCGCCGUGACCCUGGAGCCACCUGCUCCUACCGCUGUCUCUUUGUUGAUUCUGGCUUUCCUGCUGACUUCUGCUCCUAACUCUCUUCCUUUAUUGGUUCCAGCCUCACUGCCGACCCCGCUCUUGUCUCUGUGAUUCCAGCUCUCCCUGUAUCUAUGGGAGGGGUUCAGGUGGGAGGCAGAGCCCCGGUGUGGUCAGGGUCCCAGGAAGAGACUAGGGAUGCCGGUUUCUGCUGCAGUGGGGGAGGGCACCCAUGCUUAGAGGGGAACUUGGGGGUGCUUCAGGGGCCUUGUGAAGGAGUGGGAAGAUCAUGGACUCUGUUUUCUGGGGAAAGAAUGCCAUCUGGAGCCUUGGAUAACUUGAGAAGCAGGCCCCCAAGAGAAAGUAUUAGAAUUUGUGGUUGAUUCUGGGAUGGAAAGAACUUGUGUGGCAGAGAUUCUAGGGAGGUGUGAUAUGGGUGGUGACACGGUGGAAGUGGCAGGGGCAGGAGACGGGUUUAAAAUCCCUGUGAUUGAAGAUGUAGUAAUUAGGGGGGAGACCGAAAUAAGACUAGGAGAUGUCUUGUUGGUUCCUGGAGCAGGCAUCAGCUUGUUGGGAAGAGACUUGCAGAUGUGACUAGAAAUGGGGGUUGUACCAGAAGAGGAGAGAGCUGUGGAUUUAUUUUUAGAGAAAAACUAGUUGUAUGUACACCAAAGUGUGUCAGGUUGGAAAUGUGUGUGUGUAUUCUAUUAUCUGUGGAGCAGUUAUCUUGUGUUAAUUAGGCAGUUUUUCUUUAUCUCUUUCUCAACCAAUCCUCCCUCCAGGGAGAUACUUUCUGUUAAUGAGCCAUUGAGUCUCACUGCAUGACUGAUAAAGUUCCAUCAUCCCAUGGGAGAAGCUCCACCUAGAGGGAGGAGCCAAUCAUUCCUAGCUGGAUAUAAUCAGAGAUUUGGAAGACCACAGGCAGCUUUUUCCCACUGCAUUCCCAGAGGAGCAGCUGUCUUCUCCACUGGAUUCCCAGAGGAAGCCCAGGCCCAUCUACACCACCACUGGACCUUCAGAGGAAAACUCCACCCUUCUACGGGAUCACUGCUUCAGCAGAACCACACCUGUCACUGCAGGAGGGCUGCAGCCACCAUUCAAUGGGACUGCUACCAACACCCUGAGCCACAGGGUGUCAGGUCAUAAUCUGAGUCUGUCAGUAGCUUUUUUGUUUUCCUAGUAAAGAACUGUUAUUCCUAUUCCCA